UUAUUGUGCGGUGGGAGACCCUAAGGCCAAUCAGCUUCGUCGGCUUCGCUAGGCUGAGUCGGCUGCAUGGAUCCUGUCCUUUUGUCAAUCAUCCCUGAGCGGCCGCCGUUUUUGCCUCCACAUUCAUCAUUCAUCUUCUGUCUCGUACUCUGACUGGGUCGGAGGACGGCGAUUUCAGCUUUACCGAACAACGACAUAUGACAUUCUCGCCACGCGACACAUCACCAUCCACUUGCCUGAGCCGUUGGCAACAGCUCUCUUCUUGGAUUCUUCGGCCUUUUGCCCCUUUGCAUUUCAAAGCCCUCAUCCCACAGCUAGACUCGGAGGCUUUUUUCUUUGUUUGUUUUGGGUAUACGUAUCUCACUCGUCUGGUAAUUAUAGAGGAGGAGUCUUUAUUUUCUCAGGGGAUCUUGUCUCGAAUGCGCCUUUUCUCCUUGGCUCGCUUGGCUGGGGCUCGUUCCUGUCCGUCUGUAUUAGUUAGCUGGCUACUCAAACUUCACUCGGAGCUAAUUUUGUCCCUCAUCUCGCUACACAGCCAUGAUUGCCCUCCCGUGCAUCCGUCGCAAGUUAAGGGUGGUGAGCAAAUGAGCAUGAGGCUUGCCCGUGAAUCCCACGCGUCGUUUCAUUGCACGUUUGCGGGUGCAUACGAAUGCAAACUUAUCCCAAACACGUCGCGUCACAUCCGCAGCCUCUAGCCGGGGCCUAAAAUACCGUAUCCAUUCCGACUUCUCCUUUCUGCCAUGCCAGCCAAUCCAUUGCGUCCAAAAUAUUGUUCCCG